UAUAUUGUUAAUCUUCUCUGUUAAAUCUUAUCACUAUUAUCUUUCAGCUCAUGCCUUAUCUACAUUGUGCAAGUAUUGUUUGCUCUACUGUACUACAGCACAUGACUUGUAAUACCCACUUUGGCCUGAUGACGUGUGGACUUCCUAAUCUUUCCACCUCUUUCUCUCUCUCUCCUUCUCCCUCCUCCCUUCAUCGGUUUAUAGGCUGCACACGGAGCAGUGACGACUCAGAUUUCCUCACACACAUCUGUCACUGUCUCUUGCAGCAGUAAAAACAAACUAAGCUAGCCCACCUUUCAAUAGCACAAAAUAUCGCCUACAACAUUGAAAGGGAGGACUUGUUUUGACUCAGACACAAGAUGGACACUAUGGUGUGUCCGAUGGGUGGAGGGGCAACUAGGCUCUACAGCGCCCUUAACCGCCCCCAGGCCCUCCCAGAGCCCCACAACAACACAACCCUGGACCCUGCCUUCUGCAAGGAGCACAGGGGGUCCAUCGUGAGGAGCUCUGAUCCUGAGGAGCUGCGGCGACAGUGUGAAGACGCACUCCGGGACAGACCUCCCAGAUUUCACAGGAAGUUCAUCCACAUUAAUGAAGAUGAGAACAGCGCCUCCAGUGGCCACUUCAGAGUGAUGCAGUGGAAUAUACUGGCACAAGCUCUUGGUGAAGGAAUGGACAGUUUUGUACAGUGCCCCCUAGAGGCCCUCAGCUGGUCCCAAAGAAAAUAUUUGAUCCUGGAGGAGAUUUUGACCCACAGACCGCACAUCCUUUGCCUACAAGAGGUGGACCACUACUUUGACACCUUCCAGCCUGUGCUCGCUGGUCUGGGGUACUGCAGCAACUUCUGCCCCAAGCCCUGGUCCCCCUGUUUGGAUGUGGAGGGCAACAACGGACCAGACGGCUGCGCACUUUUCUAUGAUCAGUCCGAAUUUGAGCUUCUCGAUAGUGUGAAUAUUCGUCUGUCUGCAAUGAGGAUACCCACCAAUCAGGUCGCCGUGGUGACAAUGCUGCGUAGUCACCGUAACAACAGGUGUGUGUGCAUUGCUGUGACGCACCUGAAAGCUCGGGCGGGUUGGGAGUGGCUCCGUAGUGCCCAGGGUUCGGACCUCCUCAGACAACUUCAAAACCUGGUACAGAGACACAGCCCCUCGCCAGCGGACCCCAUCCAGGACAUUCCACUGCUGGUGUGUGGGGACUUCAACGCAGUCCCAUCCGAGGAGGUCUAUCGUCGCUUCACCGGUUCUCUGCUGGGUCUGGACUCUGCCUACAAAAAACUCAGCCAGGACGGAACUACAGAGCCCGCAUAUACAACAUGGAAGAUCAGGCCAAGUGGGGAGUGUUGUAGCACAUUGGACUAUAUCUGGUACACCAAAGGCUCGCUCAGAGUAGAGGCGGUGCUGGACAUGCCUACAGAGGAGCAGAUUGGCCCCAACAGGCUACCAUCCUUCAAUUAUCCGUCAGACCACCUCUCUUUAGUUUGUGAUUUCAGCUUCAAGGAAAGGCAUUAAUUCUCCCUAAAUAAGUUGCAUGUACGGUAUGUUUUAAGAGCUGGGGAACAACUUGUGUGUCCAUAAAGGUGCAUAAUUUUUCUGAUGGCGAUUCUGCAAUCUGCUUGUUUCCAUGGAACCACUGUACCUGGGAUGUUCCACAGUACUGCAUUAGACUUAUCUGUCUUGCAUUCAUUUAAUUGGUGGUUUUAUUGCUCAAAAAUACAUUGGAAAAACACAUUCUUACUGAGAGGGGUCACCUUUUCUUUUCUCAGAUCUGGCCUGUAACUUGCCUUGGUGCCAUCCCCUGCUUGUUACUGUGGAGAUAUACAUUUAAUGCUAUAAUGUGAAGUAGUCCAAUCAAAGCAAUAAUAUCUCCAUGGAGACAAGCAGGUUCCCCCCCCCCAGUAAUUCUCAAAUUGUGGAACAGAAAUUACUGGUGUUUUCAGGAUUCACUGAGGAGAGCUUCUAAAGCUGUUGAAAGUUCAGAUUUUGUUUUAUUUUGGUUUUGACUUGCUCUAAUUUGGGAUUAAAGUUGAGUUUGGAGACCAAUUAGGGGCAUGUUUAGUUCUGGUCUAGACUUGUUGCCUUUAAGAUGGCAUCACAAAUAAGGACAUUGUCUGCUCUAUUCAAAUAGUUUUGCACCGGAGCCUGGUGGUAUAAAUAAAUGAGGCACAAAUACUGUAAUGUGUUGACAAUUUGCACAAAAAUGUUGUUGUUUUUGUAAAUCGUGCUCUGUUAUAAUUAUUGUAUUGCUAUUGUACCUUAUAAACCUUGACAAUAAAGGAUUUAUCAGAUGACUAA